GAAGUGGCUUGUUUGGGAAACACCUUGAGACCCAGCUAGAAUCCCAGACCCGAGAGCAGGCAUUGGGCAAGCGCAGAGUUGGAGCUUACCUGGGGUUUUUUGUUAGAUAUAAAAGGCUUAGACGGAUCAAUGCUAACCACAGCGCCUGGGAUGUGGAUGAGGGGAGCUGUGCAGAGAGCAGAGCUGCUAUGGGAUGGGAAGCCCAAAUCUUCCUGGCACUGCUCAGCCUAAUAGCGACUAUUUGUGAUGCCCAGGACACCUGCCCAGAGGUUAGAAUAGUGGGACUCGGUGAUGGUGACCAGCUUGCCAUUCUCCAAGGAUGCCCAGGAAACCCAGGUGCCUCUGGUCCAAAAGGAGAACCAGGUCUCCCAGGAACAAAAGGAGAAAGGGGAGCCCAGGGACUCCCUGGGAAAGCAGGACCACCUGGUGUAAAAGGUUCAGCUGGAGAGCCUGGCUUCCCAGGGCCUCUCACCAGUAACGGCCAAGAGCUGUUGGGUAGAGGCAAGAUCCUGAGCGGCUGGUACACCGUCUAUACCCAAGGCUGCAACGCCACCACCGUCUUCUGUGACUUGGACACUGAUGGUGGAGGGUGGAUUGCCUGUGGUUCUCCUUUCCUUCAUGUUUUCCAGAGGCGCUGGGAUGGGUCAGCGAACUUCUUGCGAGAUUGGGAUUCAUACAAACGAGGCUUUGGCAACCAGCUGACCGAGUUCUGGCUGGGGAAUGACAACAUCCACUUCCUCACCUCGCUGGGACUCUCUGAACUCCGCAUUGACCUGAGAGACUUUGAAAACAACUACUAUUUUGCCAGGUACGCUUCAUUCAGAGUUUUAGGAGAGUCUGAGAAAUAUAAACGGGUUCUAGGAGAUUUCCUUGGUGGAAAUGCAGGAGACUCUUUAUCAUACCAUAAGAACAUGCCAUUUUCAACAACAGACAAGGACAAUGACAUGAGCUCCUUUAACUGUGCCACAGAAUACAAGGGAGCAUGGUGGUACAAUGACUGCCAUUACUCUAACCUGAAUGGGAUGUACUGGUUGGGUGUUCACGGAAGCUAUGCUGAUGGCAUAAACUGGAAGACAGGCAAAGAAUACCACUACUCCCAUAAGCGAACGGAAAUGAAAUUCAGGCCAGUUUAA